AUGAGCAUAUACAAAACCGGCGCAGCAUGGGAAUUCACAGGCACCCACAACUUUGGCAGUCGCUCCCCGCCAAGGCAGAGUUCGAGUUUCAGGAGCGACCGGAUAUCACCCACAAGUGUCGGGCACGACUAUUAUGAAAUUCUCGGAAUAUCCCACGACGCACAGCCGGCUACUGUCAAGUUAGCAUACAAACGUCUGGCUUUAGCCAGACACCCAGAUAGACGGAAGAACGAACCUAAUGCAACAGCUGAUUUUCAACUACUUAGCGAAGCUUACGGGGAGCUGUCUGAUAUUCAUAAACGCCAAGAAUACGACAAGCUAUAUCGCUCAGCGAUACUUCCCGGGAAAAUCAAGAGUCAAAAGAUAGCAGAGCUUGAAGAACGACUUCGGCAGUUUGCUCUUAAACGCGAGGGAUCGAAAACAUUACUGUACAACACAAAGAAAGACCUUAUUAGACUCCGCGCUGAGAAAGACAGUGUCAAAGGAGAAAAAGAACGCCUCCUGAAGGAAAGAGCUACAGAGGAGACAUGGUGGUCUUACAUCUCGUCCUUAAUGAUAGGAAACACGGUGGAAUUCAACCAGCGGAGACAACGACGAGAGCGUGAGAUAACUGACUCGAUUGGGAAACAACGGACGAAGGAAUGGAAUAUUGAUCUUAAACUGGCGGAGGUUCAAUAUCUUGAAAGAAUGCUCGAUUCUAUCUCUUCUGCUGAGAUUGAAAUCAAAGUUGAGAUAACGAAAAUAGAAGAGCGCUGGCGCGAAAGGCUAUCAUUGCAGGAAAUGGAAAGGGUAUUGGCGAAAUGGAAAAAUCAAAGAUAA